UGCGAAUAUUACACAGGGAACCCAAACAACGAGACUGCAUCAUACAAUUCAAAAUGGCGAAAAGCCUUCGUUCAAAAUGGAAGCGAAAAAUGCGGGCAGAAAAGCGAAAAAAGAACAAAGAAAAGGUAAAACAGAAACUUCUGGACAUGGUUGGUACUACUGAUAUCGUCAAAGAUGUUACAAUGGCGGAAAAUACCUCAACGCCUGAGAAGCAAUCAAAUGUUAAGGGAAACAACAUAGAACACGUGGAGAAAGUCACAGCGAACAACGAAGAAACCAUGGCGAUGGACAGCGCUGGUGAUGUUGACAUGGGCGAGGAAAAGAGGGUGACUACUAAAUCAAAAUAUGUUAAAAAGAAAAAGUUCAAAAGCAAAAAGACAAUGAAGCGGCUCGGAAACAAGAAGAGGAGGGGAAAAACUGCCUUCAAAUGGUGACAUAACAUACCAUGGCUCCACAUGUACCAUGCUAUCAAUGAACUUUUAGCAUGUGUUGUUAUUGGAUGCUGUUAAAACAAAGGAUGAUCCAGAAGAUCCAGAUUAUCUGGAAUAUUGAAUGAGCAAUGCAUGGACAACUGGUCUUUUCUCAUGGUCUAGUUGCUAGUUCCGAGCUAGUUUCAACCUGUGAUUUUCAUUCUUUAUAUGUACAACCUCUGCUCAGUUUAUGCAAUCUUCUGUAUUUAAUUUCCAUGUAUGCUAUCAAUUACAGCUUCAUAUACUUUGAAGUCAUUACAAAAGUCAAAGUAUAAUGUAUUCGUUUUUCUUUUGGAAAGUAAUUACAUAGUUCAAUAAAUAAAUUAUGAUUGUAGCCUUGGCUAAAUCAUUCUCUAUUUGGCUUGGAGCCUUGAGUUCUUAGAAGUGUAUUCAUUACCAUGUAUCUUGAGAAUACUACAUAGAGUCGGCGGAACCAAACAUACUGGCUGUAGUGUGUGGCCAUAGCCCUCUGCAGAGAAAUGAUAUACAACCAUGUGAAACCAGGAAGGGAAAGGUUCGAUCUGAAUAAAAAGAAAAAAAACAUG